AUGGCGUCGACGAACAUCGCCGUGUCGACCGACUUUCCCGUUCGGCACUAUUGGCUGAUGUCCAAUGGCAGAAGGCUGAUGGAAGAGGAGUCCGUCCAUGUCCCUUACGUGACGCAACCUCCCCUCACGAAAUGCAUCGUCGUCGGCGUCGAAGGAACCUCGUUCUCGUUCCGCAUCAGCAAGGAUGCCUACCCCGACGGUGUCCACGUUUAUAUUAGAGGCGCCGAGAGGGGGUCUUGGACUUGGUGGCUCAAGGCAAAGCCUGACUACCCGUAUAUUUAUCGCAGCGAGGAGCCGAAAGUGACACAAUACAUCCCUCCUUAUUGGGAGUUCGAUGUUGGUGAAUGGGUGUUCGGCAGAACCAACGCCGUUCGGGCUGUGGUCCUUGGUCGCGACGAGUUUGGCGAAUACGAUGGCAAGGGCACGCAGACGCUGUAUCAGGUCGAGUCCAUCCCGCCCGAGUGGCAAGGCGCCAGUCAAGAUGCAUUCCUUGUCGAGCGUCUUAACUCCAUUUCGAUCCGAGACGAUCCAUCCUCGUCUUCCCCUGCCCCUCCUAUCGCCGCUGGACUCUACCCCCCUCUCAUUGAAGCUCCGAGCGUAGUUUCUCCAGUCGCAGGCCCAACGGCUCCUACGGCUCCUACGGCUCUGCAACAAGCCACGCAGCAUCCGCAGACCGGCACAUCUUUCGACCCUCUCGCUGCGGCUCGCUUGGCCACCGGUUCCAGAGGUGUUGGCAUCACCCCACCGGGAUCCUCAGGUCGCGGUAUGAAGCGCGCGUGCGAAGGGGCUUGGAAUUCGGCUUCUACUUCUCUUACUUCCUUCCGGGCUGACAAACAGCGUGAUUGCUCGCCUCAAGAACCUCGUCCGUACGCGACUCCUGCCGCUGCCAGUACCGUGCGUGCUGGAAAGCAGCCCGAGCGUUCGGCUCGGAGGCCUCGUCAGGAAGUGGCUCCUCCGAUUCUCAGUCACAUCCGAGCUGGACAGCAUGGUCAUCAUUCACCUCAAGAGCCCCGUCAAGGACAGUCUCGCAGUCGUCGCCAGCAGUCGCCACAUCCGGGCCGUGUCCAAGGACAAGUCAUUAAAGACCAACCAGAGACCUCGCUUGGACCGGAGCAACCAGGCAAGAGCUGCGACGUUGGUCCUGCGCCCAUCGCCAGACAGGGGUUGGUCAGAAUCCCACCCCGUUCCGCCCCGACCGUAUCGGAUGACUCGGACGACGACGUGCCUUUGGACCAACUUGUCCGGACUAGUCGACGUGGCACCUUUGCCCGCACCUACGCCCAUCGUGUCAGCCCCCUUCCUCGAAGGUCUGGGCGCCUCCAAAGCGGGAAAUUUAGUAGCACCCUGUCUGCUACUCCGGACGCCCCUUCUCCUGCACCAGACGGUCGAUCUGUCACUCCGAAGAAGGUCGACCUGACUCCACGCCCGUACAUCUCGAACAAAGCCGACAUCGACCUGCUCAAGUCUUUUUGGCACCUUCCGAGGCCUGUGUCCGGCUACUACAUCACUGCGGGUCCAGACGUGCGUGCUGACGAACAGCUCGAUGAGAGCGACUGGCUGGACGAGAGUGAGGACGAGGACGGGCAGCAGUGGCUCACUCGAAAGGAUAUGCCCGAGUGGAUGCGGCUGAUCGUGGGACCCAAAGCUCAGGAGCCAGACGGCCAGGAGAUCCCAGAUGAGCCUUGGAGGGUAAGGGCGAUGCCAGAGGACGCACCUCUCCCGGUGAACAGCAUGCGAGGCAAGGGCAAGCGAAGAGGUAAACAGGUGGGUUCGAAGUUGCCCGAGCUCAGAAAGGUAGGGCUGACGGGCGUCGAGCGCAGCGAUCUUCGCUUCGUAGAUGCCGCGAUGCAGGAGCGCUGGGAUAGACUCCUCGGCCGGAUGGAGUUCGAAAAGUCGCAGGCCAAGACUGAGCGCAUCAAGCAGCAGAAGGAGAAAGGGGCACGCAGCUUACCUUGCCGCCGCUGA